AGAAUUUCCCAACAAACAGAAGUUACUUUCAAGAACCGUAAUGGAGACAUUUGAUUUUGAGUAAGAGGUUUAAAAACGAUCAACAGAAAAAUCAAAUGAAAAUAACCUCUCAACCAUCGCAUAUUAUUACUAUAUUCUUUUUCGACCAAACAAAACAAAAUCUGAAAAAUCAUAUGUACCAAGAAAUAGCAAAGCAAGCAGCUUGUCUUUCAUUUUCAAACAUUUAAUUUAAUUUUUUAUUUUAAUUUAAUUUUCUUGCUGUAGCUUUUUGGCUGUAACUUCAAGUGUGAGAGAUCCUAGUUGUUGGAACUAAGUAUAAUAUAUAUGCACAAAGCUAACUUCUCUCAUCACUUGCUUUAUACACACUCCGAUUUCGAUUCUCUUACUUAACCCGACGAACAAUCCUAUGCUGUAAUAAAACCCUUUUCUUUUUUUCGUUUUCCGCAAGAAAAAUGCCUUUCGGAUUAGUGUCUGCGUGGAAUAAACGGAGGAGAAGCAAGUCCGAGGAUCAAAUCAAUCCUUGUAUACGGACAUACAAACCAGUGGAACACUGGCAAAUCGAAUACAGAAAACCGCCAGCUAAAAGACGAGAUACGUCAGCAGUAUUUACAGUCAAAGAAAUGGAAGAGGCGACGUGUUCUUUUAGCGACGAAUAUCUUCUUGGGAAGGGAGGAUUCGGUCGAGUGUACAAAGGCACUCUGAAAUCCGGUGAGGUUGUGGCGAUCAAGAAAAUGGAGUUACCGUCGUUUAAAGCAGCACAAGGGGAGAGAGAAUUUAGGGUGGAGGUUGAUAUAUUGAGCAGAUUGGAUCAUCCAAAUCUCGUAAACUUAAUCGGUUAUUGUGCCGAUGGGAAGCAAAGAUUCCUCGUGUAUGAAUACAUGCACAAAGGGAAUUUGCAGGAUCAUUUAAACGGAAUAGGAGAAGUAAAGAUGGAUUGGCCUUUGAGGCUGAAAGUGGCAAUCGGAGCAGCAAAGGGACUCGCGUACCUACACUCGACUUCCGACGUCGGAAUUCCUAUCCUCCAUCGAGAUUUCAAAUCCACCAAUAUUCUCCUCGAUGAUAAUUACGAAGCAAAGAUAUCCGAUUUCGGGCUAGCAAAAUUAAUGCCGGAAGGCCAUGACACUUGUGUGACUGCAACAGUACUCGGCACUUUCGGCUACUUCGAUCCGGAAUAUACCUUGACAGGUAAACUCACCCUACAAAGUGACGUAUACGCAUUCGGAGUUGUUCUACUCGAGCUUUUGACUGGAAGAAGAGCGGUUGACCUGAACCAAGGACCGCACGAUCAGAACUUAGUUCUUCAGGUUAGGAAUAUACUAAAGGAGAAGAAGAAAUUGAAAAGGGUGAUCGAUCCGGAAAUGGGGCGAAGCUCUUACACAAUGGAGUCGGUUUUCAUGUUCGGAAACCUAGCUUCGAGAUGUGUUAGGAUAGACAGCCAAGAAAGGCCCUCGAUGAUUGAAUGUGUAAGGGAAUUACAAAUGAUACUUUACGUCAAUUCGAAAGGACUUGGAUUGACCAUGCAUACGUUUAGAAUGAUAUGAAUAAACGGGUUUUUUUUUUCCGAGUAA